AUGCCAGAUAAGGAAGAGGCCUCACCCGCAAACUCUGCAGCUACUUCCGCCUUCACGGCCCUCAAUAUCAUUCCAGAUGACCACCCGGAUGAUGAAAUUGACAACACGAAAGAAUUACAGAUUGAGGAGGCUCUCAAACUCUACCAAACCGCCCUCAAAUUACACGCUCAAGGCCCAGAGCACUAUUCCGAAGCUGCUCACGCCUACCAAAAUCUCUUUAAAUCCGAGAUCUUCGCCUAUCCCGAGGCCGAAACCGAAUUUGUGCGAUUCGAUAAGCCUUUCGUGGCCGAAUUCACGGAAGCCUCAUACAACCUUGCGCUUGAUAUUGCUGCCGCAGAGGCAGAGGCAGCCCCGAGCACUCUUUCGCAAAUCCUCUACCUCUCCUACAAAAAUCAUGGCCAGUUCAUUCUGGACUGUGUCAAGAGUCGCAUGCGCCACGAACCUUUACCCCAGAAUGCUCUUGAUUACCAGGCCAAGGCUGCAAUAGACAACUUCGCUCUCGCCCUAGCUAGCGAUGAGUCCGACACGGAGUUAUGGAGACGCGCUGCAAGGCUAGGUUCCAUGCUUGGAAGCAGACGCAUUGCGAGAUACUGUCUCGAAGCUGCUGUUGAGGUCGACGAUGAUCCUACAGUGGCAGAAGUGGACCCUAUGUCACUUGAAGAAGGAUUUGCCGGCGAGCAGCUCAAGCAGCAGUUGGAAAUCCUCGGAGACGAAAUCUCGCUUUCACAUCCAGUCAUGGCUCCUUACCGCAAAAAGACCAUGCCUCGCUUCUUAGCGAAAACUAUGGACCCAUAUCCGUUCCUCCGCGAUGCCGCAAGCUCUUUACAGGUGAUGAAAGCUAGACCCGAGGGUCAAGCUAUUGAUAAUAUCUCCCCUCCAUAUAUCAUCAAUCUCGAGUACCGCAGCUGGCAGGGCCUCGGCGAGAGACUAGUAGAUAUCUGGAAUUCGCAAACCGGCAUGUCUGGAACUCGAAUAACAUUGAAUCUGCCCCCUGAGCCCAUCCAGAACGGUGAACCCGAAAUUGUCCAGCCAACUGAACCGGUGGUUGAAGUUGUACCGGACGAAGAUCUAAUCAUGACUGACAUGGGUAACAUGGAAUCACCAGCUUCCGAGACCAACGAGGCCGCUGUCUUGACACCAAUCACUUCCAAAUCUGGGGAAGCCCGAGUAGAGGCCGCCAUCGCUAAUCCAUCAUCAGCCCUCGAGGAGAGACGCCCGUCAAUUAUUGCUUUACCUAAUAGAAAACGUUCUCACUCAACUGCCGGCAUUCGUGAGACCCCAGAAGACGACAAUAACACCCAAAAGAGAAGUAAGCGGAUCAGGAACCGCGACACCGGAGAUGGUCCCGUGGUCGACCCUGCUGCCUCAUUUGCAGAGCAAAUGAAGCCGUACACAGCGGCAGACGAAGGAGUCUUCGAGCUCGUUGGGGAAUUGCUCGCAACGCUCGGUGUCAAUGAUCUGAAGACUCUACCUGAUCUCCACAAGGCUCUUCUACCCGAGACUGGAAAUGAUCGCGAAGAGAUUGUACAAAAUACAGCUUUGCGCGAUCUCCGGGACAUUCUUCGGACCUGGGAUGAUUCCAAGGCAUCUACUUUCAUCAACGGCAAUGCGGCAGAUAUUCUUGGCUCUUCAGUGAGUACAGCCAAUGCUGGACUGGCAGCUUUCUUGGACCAAUCCAAAGUCGGGCCUCAGAGAGCGGUCAACAUUCCUGCGUUCGCCGACGAGCAUGGUCUUUCCGAAUUGGCCGCGAAGAUUGAAGAUGAUUGGAUGCCACUCCACGACGUUAUCUGGGAAUGGCUUUGCGCUGUUGUGCCAACCUAUCGUUCAUAUCUGUGGUCUGAAGUGAUGAAGGUAACGGUUGUCAAAAUCAUCACUUUUGCUGAUUCGGAGAUAUUCCCUCGCUUGCAAAUGGAGAUGAGGUAUGCCGCCUCUGACCCAGAAAGGCUUGCCAGAUUGGAAGAGUGCGCGCAGACUCUGUUUGAGCUGCACAUCGACGUCUACUCAAGAAUCACCAAUCCCACCAGCGCCGUCCCUCAUGAGACUCGUCUCCUCACCAAAACUCGCCUCGAUAGAUGGGCCGACCUUGCAGCUGAUGUCAUUCGGACAAGAAAGGGCAAACAGGAAGAUGAGCUUGCAACUAGAUACCUCUGGGCAUCGGUGUUCUACGCUACCAUGGCGGAAGGCGUAUCUCGCGAACACAAGGUCCUCUGUUGGACUGAUCUUCAAGCUCUGCUCCGGGAUUCCAACCAAGCCACAAUUGAUCUCCCGAACAAUGCUGUCAUGCCAGACAUAUCCGUCGAAGCAGCAGAGCGGGAAGUGUCUCGACUCACCACCAUGGAUUUCUUCUUCAACCUCUUCCAAGCUGACCGAUCGGAUCCGAUAGCCAUCAUCGAGACGCUGGAACCUGUGCUUGACCCUGAAUCUUCGAAAGACGCCCUUGACCCGGUUAUUGAAGACAGGGCCGCGGAUGCAGUCGAUGGAACCCCGGCCGCGCUUCGGGACAUGUGGAAGUUCUUGAAGAGUGGCAGUACCUCGCUACGCCUGUUUUUAUGGCAGAGACUUCGCGAAGCUUAUCUCAGCAUUGGCUACAGCACCAAAGUCUUUUCGUGUCAUCUGAAGAGCAUCGAGAUCAUAGUUGAAGAUCUGCGCACCGCCGAUUACGUCGAUAAGGCAGACGAGCCCCGACGACAUCUGCUUCUACAAUGGCUGAAGGCAUUGGAUGAUCUCUUGGUCAAAGCACUGACUAUUUCUCUUAAUGAAGCUGCAACGUGCUUUGAGAUUAUUGAUGAACGUCACAUCCGAUCUACAUGUGCUGCUCUCGCGCAAUUGAGUAGAGUUCUCCAUACUGCAGCUCUCUUUGACGAUGAGAUUAGAGUUGGCAUGACCCAGCUCCCACCCAGUUCAGCUUAUGCGCCGCAGGGAUCAUUCAGUAGCUUUAUCAACAAGCUACGAGAAAUGCAAGUAAGAACGUGGGCUCUCCAGUACACCAUGAUCAAGGAGGCCAUGGCCCAGCACGUCGAGGUUUUCACCACGCCGGAGAAGGAUCUUGCAGACUAUCUGGCACGUGUGCAUUACUCUUUGGGGAUGCGUAAAUGCUGCAAGGCAUCUAAUAAGAUCUUCCUGAAGAUGAUGAAGCAGGAAAUGAUCCGCCUAGAGGAUGUUGGGAAUUGGGAAGACUACCUGGGACAGGUUCUUUACGACCUCUAUGGACUCCGCCUCGGCGUCGGCACUUAUAUGCUAGAGGAGCACGGAUGCCCCUCAGAAGAGAUCGAUAAGCGUACCGUCUUCACCAUUGUGGACAAAGUCAUAUUGCUCGCCAACAGAAUCCCGAUGAAAGACUUGCUGAAGCAUGAGCUUCGAGCCACUCUCGCUAAGAUGCAUGAAGUUGUAGGCGCCGUGAAGCCGUCUCCUCAGAUGCAGCACAAUCUUCGCAACUACACGGAAUACCUGAAAGGCUCUAUCCGCCCAUCCGACCUUUACAAGGCAUGGAGAGGCCAAGUAAUGGUCGAUUCGCUACCAGUCAUCACUCCCGAAAGCCCCUUCGCAGAUAAGAACUGGUAUUUCUUGAUGGGUAUGAUCGAAUUGACCAAGUUCCGCUCGCAAAAGCGUCUUGGCCCAGGAACGCAGACCGAUGAUCUACGAGUUGCUGCGGCUUUGUUGAGACAGCAGCUUCAGUUCUGCGGAGACUUCUGGGAAACCUGGUAUCGCCUGGCGCAGUGUUUCGACCUUGAGCUAGAAGAGGAGGUGCUGUGGAGCGCCGACAAGAUCAACAACCAUCGCGAAAUCCUGGUCCAGUUACAACGCAGCUCCAUCCAUUGCUACGUCAUGGCACUGUCGACUGCCCACCGUACUGCCGAUGACAGCUUUGAAACUGCCGAGAAGCUUUCCGAGAUGUAUUACGACUUCGGCAUGCGAAUAUACUCUGCUUCGAGAGAACCGUUUUCAAUGGAGCCCUUUUGGGUCGACGAAUUCGAGAAGCAUAUGAGUGGUGCUGAUGGCAUGUACAAGAAGCCUUUGCAUCAGGAGUUGACCCGAUAUAGAGCGUGGAAUUAUGCGUCGGUGCUUUUCAAAGAAUCGCUUCGGGAUCGACCUAAACAGUGGAUGACACACUUGAUGAUCGGAAAAUGUCUGUGGAAGAUGUUUUGCCGGGCUGGUGAGGACAUAGACCCACGUAUCCAGGCCACCCGGCCACGCGUGGAGUCUGUCAUCAAUCAUUUUGUCAGCGCUAUCAAGACAGCCCCAAAACACAACGCCAGCAGUCGUUCCGAGCCUUUGCUCGAGCCACAUUACAAACUGGUCUCUAUCGUCCACAAGCUUGUUUUGAUGCGAGUCAUGCCGGCUCAAGCCGCCGCAGAUCUAUUGCAGCAGCAGCCAUUUGCCCCGGACAAAGGCCGGGCAGUGGUUGUUGAUAGUACCGAAGAAUGGGAGUCAUACAUCCUCAGGAAUCUCCGCCAUCUUAGAGCUGCCGACAAGCAGCAUUGGAACCAUCGCAUGGUUGCGAGGGUAGCGAAUAUCUUGUUCGACGAUGAGAACCCCAGCUUUGAAAGUGCUGCCGCCGCACGCAAUGAGCUACGCGAGUCGGUUUUCACAAAGACAAUGCACAUCCAAGUGUGGAAGUCGGAAGCUGAGCGCGCUGGUCGGCACUGCGUCUACAUGGAGCGAUAUGUGCACCUCAUGAUGAAACUUCUCUUUCUUACCAACGACAAGGCGAGCAUGGAGGCACUGGUCAAGCGAGUCCGCAAGAAGAAUAACGACUUCCACAAGUUUGAGAGGGUUUGGAACGAGUGCUGUACCACUUACCUGCACCUCAUUCGACGCUCAGGAAACAUCCCUCUGAGCAUGGACGAUGUCUUCAAGGGCUGUACCCAUGAGGAGUACGAACUUGUGGCGAGCCGCGUCGACGAGUGGGUCAAGGAUCCGCUGAUGAAAAAUCCUGCCCUCGACGCUCUGAGAGAGGCCGGUGACCUCAAAAAGCUCAACAAUAAUCUUAUGAAGUCCACUCCUAUCGACGACCUCGUCAUCGAUGCCUACGCUACAGUCUACAUCCAAAUUUCGAAGUCGAUGUCUGACUCCGACCUCGGCUCUUUAGGCAACUCCCAAUCUGAUGGCGCUACUGGUGAAUCCUCCACCGCGAUGCGUCCCACGGGUCCUAUGCACCUCAACAACUUCUUGACGGACACGAAGGGUACUCAAACUCCCGCCCCGGCCACCGUCCCAGCCACCGUCGCGGGCUCUGAGCCUGCUCGUCCGCGCAAGCUAGGCAUCAAUAGGAGAGAGAUCCUGCGUAGGUCCGAUCAAGCUCAUAGCCGUAUCCCGGAUGUUUCGCGCACUCCAGUCGUGCCAUCGAAUGCUAGACCAAAACUGGCGGAGCCGGCACCUAGCUUGAUCUUGGGAUCGAACGAUGGGGAGCGGGCAAAGACGAGGAGGAGUGCUAGCGCGGCCAACUCAACGCCAAGAGUUCUGACGCCUGUUGUCGCUGAGGGUCGUCGGAACGAAACUUCGGCGCAGCGUGAGGAACGUGAGGAGGCUGCUGAGCAGCAUCAACGAAACGAGCAAGAUGCACAUGGUGCUGCCCUUGCAGAAGAUGAAGAAGAUAAGGAGAGCGUGCGGGGUAGUGUGCAUGAUAGUGCUGAUGACGAGAGUGACCUGAGUGAUCUUCCAGACAUGGAUGAUGUUGACCCAGCCACUAUCUUCCCUGGUCUAAUGGGCUCGGGCGGUGGCGGUAACGACUCUGACGAAGAAGAAGAAGACGACGACGAUGACGAUGACGAUGAUGACGAUGGGGAUCAAGCUGAAGAGGCCGAAGAAGAAGAAGAAGAAGAGAUUGGGGAUGGCGAGGGUCUAGCGGAAGACGAGGAGACGUUGUAA